AUGGCCCGCUCCUGGUUCCGCACCGUUGGCCUCGGGAACUUGCAUUAUUUCCUGACCGUCAUGGUCGUCGCUUGCGGAUCCAUUCCAAAAGGCUACGACGAGGGCGGCUUCGCUGCCGCCUCGGGCCUCACCUCCUUCCUCGACGACUUUCACCUCGGGCGGGGACGGAGGACCGGCGAUUCUUCCCACAUGGGCACGCAAAAGGCCGUCAUCGCCUCCCUGGGUGUUCUGGGCGCAGCCGUCGGUGCCCUCGUCUCCAUCGGUGUCACCGAUCGCAUCGGUCGACUUCGCGCCUGGCAACUAUUCACCCUGCUCUGGAUCACGGGCUUUCUCACCCUCACCUUCUCGUCCGGCCACCUGUCGCUGCUCAUGUUUGCCCGCGUCUGGGGUGGUGUCGGUGCCGGUGGCCUCACCGUCGUCUCGCCUCUCUAUCUCUCCGAGAUUGCCAAGUCCAAGUCGAGGGGCAUGGUCGUGUCCAUGUACAUGGUCAUUCUCUUGUCCUUUCUCAUGGCUGGUUUCUUCAUCAACUACGCCGUCGUCAGAACGAUGGCUCCUUCGAGGAGGCAGUAUCGCGUCGUUCUGGGUGUCGUCCAGAUUCCCGUCGGUCUCGCCCUUUUCGCUUCGUGCUUUCUCCACGACACACCCCGUUGGCUGCUGUACAAGCAGCGCAGAGCCGAGGCUGUCAUGGUCCUCGCCAAGUUGCGGGGCCGCGCCGUCGACGAUCCGGAUGUGGCGAGGGAACUUGACGAGAUCGAGCGGCAGAUGGCAGACACGAAGCAACUGCUCGCCGGCGUGUCGACGUGGACCGUCGUCAAGGAGGUGGCGACAGUGCGAAGCUACCGGCAGCGCUUCCUCCUCGGCAUGGCCAUGCAGGCGGUUGCCCAAUGGAGCGGCGGCAACGGUAUCAGCUACUACAUCCCCGAGAUUUUUCGGCUCGCGGGCGUCAAGAGCAGCAAGAAUUCGCUCGUGAGCGCCGGCGGCUAUGGAGCGGUCAAGCUCGUAUUCACCAUGGUCUUCACCUGGGCCCUCAUCGACCACUUUGGCAGGCGCCGCUGCUUCCUGACGGGACUCGGCCUGCAAUGCGCAUCGCACCUCUACAUGGCGCUCUACAUGGGACUUUGGAGAUUUUCCCACAACAAGCCGGCCUCGGACGCUGCCGUCGCAUCCGUCUUCGUCUACGCCAUGGCCUGGAGCAUCGGCCUCUGCACGAUUCAAUACCUCUACGGAACGGAGAUUCUGCCGACGAGAAUCCGGAGCGUCUGCUACGCGACCAACAUGGCCCUCCAUUGGCUCUGGCAGUUCCUCAUCGUCAGGGUCACGCCGCCCAUGUUCAACGCACUCGACGUCUGGGGGGCCUACGCCUUUUGGGCAUUCGUCUGCCUUGUCGGCCUCGUCGUCCUCGGCCUCUGGGCGCCGGAGACAAAGGGCGUCCCCAUGGAGCGGAUGGGCGAGCUGUUCGACGGGCCGUGGUACAGAGGGUGGCGAGCCAAACUGCAAGACGCGGACGACGAACUCGCCCCGAGGCAGCGCAUCAGAAGCACAGGCGCUCCAUCGGACGACACGCAGGUAGAGGAGCCGGUCAAGCCGGUGACAUGCUAG